ACGAACGAUCGUACCGAGACCCGCGGCAGUCGGGGAUGAUGGGACAUGCCGUGAGUCGCUGGCAAGGGCGAAUGGAGUGGAAGGCGCAGCGCCUGCGCCUGGGGAGCGCAUGACCGCCCAGGCGCCGGGGAUGGACGUCCUGGCGCGCUCGUUUGUCCCCUCUUUCCAAUGGUUCCGCGUCUGCAUCGAGACCAUGACAUCAGCCCGAGGGGGAAGGACACAUUACGGCCGGAUGACGGCUCCGUGGCCCCGGCUGACAGUAUCCAGAGCGAAUAUAAAGGCCAUCCUAGUAUCCUACGCUCAGUCCCCUUCCAUUCAAGCAAACGCACGCAAUGCCUGCCGAGAUCCUCGACGUUCACCCCCACGACGAGGGCGUCGUCGUUGACGACAUCCACCAGCAGAUCCGCGAUGGCCUCACCAAGCCUGCUGGCGAGAAGCACCUUCCGACAAUGCUGCUGUACGACGAGCGCGGUCUGCGCCUAUACGACACGAUCACCACCGACGCGAAGGAGUACUACCUUUUUGGCGCGGAGGAGGAGAUCCUGAAGCAGCACUCUGACGCGAUCGUCCGCGCUAUGCACGGUGGACGCGACGUAGUGGGCGGAGACGAGGUCGUUCUUGAGUUAGGCGCCGGGGCCCUACGCAAGACUUCCCACAUCUUAUCUGCCCUCGCCCGCCUCGUCCCCCAGCCCCAAGCCAUGCCCCCUAUCACCUACUACGCUCUCGACCUCGAGCAGAACGAGCUGCAGCGCACGCUCGACGGCAUCGCGCACGAUGAGGUUGGUACCGCGCUUGAGGGGCGCGUCGCCACCAAGGGCAUGUGCGGCACCUAUGACGGAGGCAUCAAGUUCGUCAAAACGGGCGGCCUCCUUAUGCGCGGCGUCGCCGAUCGCCUGUCUUCCGGGAGUCCCUCGUCGAGUCGCAGCCCAGAGAGCUCGCGUAGCCCACCUCGUGACCGCGAACGAUCUCUCUCAGAUUCGUCAUCUGCGUCCACUGAAGAGUCAUCCCUGCCAGCCACGCCCCGGAGCGACAUCGUCGAGGCAGUCGACAUACCUGCCGAUAGCCCACCUCUACACAUCUUGUUUUUGGGCUCUUCGCUGGGGAACUUCGACCGCGAUGCAGGCUCGGCAUUCCUCAAGGCCCUUCCCCUCCGCCCGGGGUCUGGUGAUACCCUCCUCCUCGGAAUGGAUCACGACAACGACAAGUCGCGCAUUGAAGUCGCGUACAACGACCCCGAGGGCCACACCAAGCGCUUCAUUAUGAACGGUCUUCACCACGCUGGCCGUCUGCUUGGCGACGAGACCAUGUUCGACGAUAGCAAGUGGGACUACGUCAACCGUUACAAUGUGGAAGAGCGUCGGCACGAGGCGUUCCUUGUCUCCAAGAUUGAGCAGACGGUUGUCGAGCCCUCGACAGGGAAGGCUUACUCGUUCCUUCCGAACGAGAAGCUGAAGAUCGAGGAGUCGCUCAAGUUUUCCGAGCUGGAUGCUUACACCCUCUUCACCGAGGCUGGGCUGCGUCCGGUCCACCGCUGGACCGACAGCGCUCGGCAAUACUCUCUUUGGUUGCUCGAGCGCCCGGCUUUCGUCUUCCCUCUGGUCAAGACGCCCGUCGCACGCAUGCCAGACGAUAUCGUCCUGUCGUCGAGCCCAUUUGGAAUUCCCUCGGUCUCCGACUGGAAUACGAUGUGGGCAUGCUGGGAUACGAUAACACUCAGCAUGAUCCCCGAGGAGAUGCUUCACACCAAGCCUAUCGACCUCAGGCACAUAUGCCUCUUCUAUCUUGGGCAUAUUCCGGCGUUCCUGGAUAUCUUCCUCUCGCGGUACUUCAAGGAGCCAAACACGGAGCCGGAGUAUUUCAAGGAUAUUUUCGAGCGUGGCAUCGACCCCGACGUUGACGACCCUACGCAAUGCCACUCGCACUCCCAGGUGCCCGAGCGCCCCGAAGACUGGCCCGCUCUCCAGCAGGUCCUUGACUUCGAGAAGCGCGUCCGGCGGCGCCUUACCAGCAUCUACGAGGGCGUUGUCGCUCGCCGCAUCCCGCUCACGGCGCGCCUCGCUCGGGUGCUGAUGAUCACGUACGAGCACGAAGCGAUGCACGCGGAGACGCUGCUGUAUAUGCUGCUGAUGAAGGCGGGUGAGGGCUUGAGGGCGCCGAAGGGCUUUGCGCCGCCGCCAUGGGAUGCGCUGGUGGAGGCCUGGGAUGCGGAGCCCGAGCUUGAAGGGGAGACGUUGACGAUUGGGCCCGCGGAGGUGACACUGGGGCAUGAGGACGAUGAGACACUCGACGAGCAAGUCAGCGAGGAGGAUGCGCGCAAGCGCGAGUUUGGUUGGGAUAACGAGCACCCUGUGCGCAUGGAGAAAGUGGGCGAGGUCCGCAUGAGUUGGCGCCCCAUCUCCAAUGGCGAGUUCUACACAUACUGGUCCGCCAACCGCGCCACUGUCCCUCUCCCGCCCAGCUGGGUCGAACCCGCGAAGGACGACAACUCCACCACCAACACCGCUGACCCCUACGGCGGCAUGCGUGUGCGCACCCUCUAUGGCUCCGUGCCCAUGAAGUACGCGCACCGCUGGCCCGUCAUGGCCUCCUACGACAUGCUCUCCACGUACGCCGUCGUCCGCGGCGGACGGCUGCCCACCGAGGCCGAGCUCCGCCUCUUCCUCGACAAGUUCGAGUCCGGCUACGAGGGUGGCGCGAACGUGGGCUUCCGCAACUGGCACCCGACGCCGCCGCGCGUGGUGAAGGGAAAGGCGGAGGGCGGGGAGGUGAAGCUAACGAAUGGGGGCGUGUGGGAGUGGACGUCGACGGUAUUCGACAAAGUGGAGGGCUUCAAGGCGUCGGUGCUGUACCCAGGGUACUCACAGGACUUCUUCGAUGGGAGGCACAAUGUCGUGCUCGGAGGCUCGUACGCGACCAUUCCGCGUCUUGCGGGCCGUCGCUCGCUGCGCAACUGGUACCAGCGCAACUACCCAUACCCCUGGGUUGGCGCUCGCAUUGUAUAUGACGCCUGAGCGAACGAGGCGGAUCGAAAAAUGUACUUCAACCUGUACAACACAAUUACGGAACCACGGACUCGGAAGAUACGAUCUCUGCUCACAAAACGACGUGUACCAACCUCCGUAUUCACUCCUUCCUAUGCUCGGAAUGUUCUGACUUGUAUAAACACUGUACUACGGAAUCUGUACCCACAAAAAUGUUUGUUUGAAUAUAUGGCAAAGCAAUGGACUGGAUUCAAUUGCGUGAAUGCUACAGAUGCGUGGUGGAUAGAUAUGCUAGAGAUUAGAGAAAGAACGAGUCCAGGCGAUGCUGAUAGUCUGUACGUACGAUAAAGGGGAGUUUGCCGGGUAAAAGACAGGUAGG